UCAUCAAGUGCGGGUGUGUGCUGCGGACGUGUUGUGACGACGUAUUAAAAACUUCGAUAGCUGCUAAAAAUGGAAAAUAAUUAAAAGUGAAAAGUGGCAAAGUGAAAAAGAAGAACAACAAACAAACCGCAGGAAGCGCUGAUUAGAGCGCCCGCAAACGAAGAGAACGAGGCGUGCCAAGUGUUAAAAGUACAAGUGCAAAUAAAUCCAACAGAUUUUGUGGCGAUGUCCACCGCCGAAACGGGGUCGUCGCCUGGCAAAAGCAACAACAAUAGCAACAGCGUCGCUGCAGGCGGCAAUGCGAAUCCGAAAGGUGUGCAGCGCCGACAAUUGCGCGAACGCAAACAGCGCAAACUUUACCUUGAGGAAUGGUCACUCGGCGACGAUGAUGCGGAAGGCGCGCGCGGUUUCAGCGUUGCCGAAAAGCUUGAGUCCUCCAAGUUUGCGCAAGCCGGCAUGGUACGGGAGAUGCGCGGCUGCGAUCUAACAGUCGCGUUUCUGCAGCAGCAUGGCUUCAAUAUACCCUUGCUGUUCCGGGAGAAGAAUGGCUUGGGGCUGCGCAUGCCCGAUGCACAGGAGUUCACUGUAAACGAUGUGCGACUGUGUGUCGGAUCUCGCCGUUUGCUGGACGUGAUGGAUGUUAAUACGCAGAAGAAUCUGCAGAUGACGAUGAAGGAGUGGCAACAGUACUACGAUAAUCCGCAAAAGGAUCGACUGCUGAAUGUUAUAUCCCUGGAAUUCUCGCACACGCGUCUCGAUCAUUUUGUGCAGAGUCCGGAGAUUGUGCGCCAGAUCGAUUGGGUCGAUGUGGUGUGGCCCAAGCAGCUGAAGGAUGCACAAAAGGAGGGCACCAAUUUGUUGGGUGGCAUGAUGUAUCCCAAAGUUCAAAAGUAUUGUCUCAUGUCCGUGAAAAACUGCUAUACAGAUUUCCAUAUUGAUUUUGGAGGCACCUCCGUCUGGUAUCACAUACUUAAGGGCAGCAAAGUCUUUUGGCUAAUCCCACCCACCGAUCGCAAUUUGCAGCUGUACGAAAAGUGGGUGCUGUCCGGCAAACAGGCGGAUAUCUUCUUUGGCGAUACGGUCGAGAAGUGUGCACGUGUCUACCUCACUGCUGGCAAUACCUUCUUCAUACCCACCGGCUGGAUACAUGCCGUCUAUACGCCCACCCAAUCUCUGGUCUUUGGCGGCAAUUUUUUGCACUCCUUUGGCAUUGUCAAGCAGCUGAAGACGGCCAGCGUUGAGGAUAAUACGAAAGUGCCGCAAAAGUUUCGGUAUCCUUUCUUCACCGAAAUGCUAUGGUAUGUUCUCGCACGCUAUGUCUACACGCUGCUGGGCCACUCGCAUCUGGAGGGCGAACCAUCGGCCAGCGAGGCCGAGAUGGCCGCCCGCCCCCACACACAUCUCACGCACUAUGAGCUCUUUGGGCUCAAGGAAAUCGUCAUGUAUCUGUACGAUCUGCCGCCGCAGAAGAAGAAUGUGCCCAGUCUAGUUUUGGAUCCAGUGGCCCUGAUCAAGGAUGUGCGCACGCUAGUUGAACGCCACUGCAAGGAUCAACAAGAUAUGGCCGUGACGGGCAUGUCCGUACUACGACCCGCCGCCGAGCACCAGCCGCUCUUUCAACUCUACGAUCGCACGCGGGUCAAGCAGGAGAUCAAACAGGAGAUUGCACGCAAAAAUGCAGAGGUCAUACGCGAACAGCAGCAGCUGGAGGCGGCCAGGGAGGCCGAGUCAGAGGCUGGCCAGGGCAGCCACAACAGCGGCAACAAUGGAUGCAACAACAGCAACAACUCCGGCGGCAUCAAUAACAACAACAGCUACAGCAGCCAGGGCGUAGAGUACAGCAACGGGGUCCUCAAGAAGGAGCAACUGGAGAAUGGCACGUCCAGUGGACAUGGAACGCAGCCAGAAGCUACCUUUGUGCUGCCCACGGACACACUCAAGUAUCGUCCGCCCAAGAAGAUGCACCUGGCCAAUGCUGUAGCCGCUGCCGCCACCAGCAGCAACAAUAAUACAAGCAAUAGUAGCCACAGCAAUAGUCCCACAAAUGUGGGCAACAACAACGCUGUCAGCGUGAUUGCCACCUGCUCCAGUUAUGUUGAUGGCACUGGCGGGAUGUCUGCUCCGCUGGACAACUGCCCGUCGCCGGGCGAGGCGGGUGCCAAGUUGUCGCCACAUUUGACGGGCACCGGUCAGCCAAGGCGGCGGCGCACGCGCUGCAAGAAUUGUGCCGCCUGUCAGCGUUCCGAUUGCGGCACCUGCCCAUUCUGCAUGGAUAUGGUGAAGUUCGGCGGACCCGGGCGUGCCAAACAGACGUGCAUGAUGCGGCAGUGCUUGUCGCCCAUGCUGCCAGUAACCGCUCAGUGCGUCUACUGUCACUUGGAUGGCUGGCGGCAGACGCCAGUGUCGCCGCAGACCAAGCAAUUGGCCUCGCUGGAGGGUCCCUCUGCGCUGAUGGAGUGCUCCGUUUGCUAUGAGAUCGCCCAUCCAGACUGUGCGCUCUCACAGCUUGAUGGCACCGAGGAUGCUGCCGAUGCCAAGGGCAUUGUCAACGAGGAUCUGCCCAAUAGCUGGGAGUGUCCCAGCUGCUGUCGUUCUGGCAAGAAUUACGAUUACAAACCGCGCCAUUUUCGCGCACGCCAAAAGUCAUCGGAGGUGCGACGCGUUUCAGUUUCGCAUGGCAACAAUGCUGGUGAGAGUCAUGAGGGGGGCGGAACAGGAGGAGGUGCUGGCGCUGGUAGCCUGUUCCCGCCACCCGUUGGCCAAUAUAAUGACUUUGUGUUUACCAGCGAAUCGGAAAUGGAGUCUAGCGGCAGCGGCAUGCACACAACACACUGGAAGCACGGCCUCAAGCGCCACCAUCAGCUGGAAGUGAAGACGGAGCGCAAUAAUAGCUGCGACACGCCCUCGCCGGGCAUAUCGCCUAAUGCGACGCAUCUGCUGAGCGACAAGAUAAAGCGGCGCAAGAGUGACGACGGCAUCAGCGUCAGCAGCAGCAUGCACGAGAGCAACGAUGCUCCCUGCUCCAGCUCUAUGGAUUGUGGCGCUGCAGGGGCGGGUGGUACAGGUGCCGUAUCCACUGGGCACGGUGGCGGAGGCGGUGGCGGUGGUGGUGGUGGUGGUGGCGGCGGGUCCCGAAAGAAGAACUCCAUACGCUCACAGCUGGCGCAGCAGAUGCUUAACUCCUCGACACGUGUGAUGAAGAAGCCACAGUAUGUGGUGCGUCCAGCGCCCACAUCCAGCUCUUCACUGGGCGGGUCUGGACUCAGCAAUGGCACCAGCAACGGCGUCAACAAUGGCGCUGGCUCAAGUACGUCGGCGGGUUUGGUUGCUGUUGGUGCCGGUGGAGGAGGAGCUGCUGGCACCAUGAGUAAUAUGGCCAGUAAUGGCGCCAAUGGGCAUAGCCAUCAUUUGCAUCACGGUGGUGGCAAUAGCCACGGCCACAGCCACAGUCAUAGCCACGGCCAUAGCCACGGCCACGGCAGCAGCAAUCACAACAGCGCACAUAACUUGGCACUGGAUGCCACCGUAUUGAAGAUCAUAUUUCGUUAUUUGCCGCCCGAGACGCUCGUUACGUGCUGUUCCGUGUGCAAGGCUUGGUCCAAUGCAGCGGUAGACCCUGAUCUCUGGAAGCGCAUGAAUUGCGCCGAGCUUAAAAUAUCCGCCUCUCUAUUGACGGCCAUUGUGCGCCGGCAGCCGGAGCAUUUAAUUUUGGACUGGACGCAGCUGGCCAAGCGGCAAUUGGCCUGGCUGUUGGCUCGUCUGCCUGCCCUCAAGAACCUCUCGCUGCAGAAUUGCCCCAUACAGGCGGUGCUGGCGCUGCACACCUGUCUCUGCCCGCCGCUGCAGAUACUCGAUUUGAGUUUUGUGCGGGGUUUGAAUGAUGCGGCCAUAAGGGAUAUCUUGUCGCCGCCAAAGGAUUCUCGUCCCGGUCUUAGCGAUUCGAAGACACGUCUGCGUGAUCUCAAAAUACUGAAGCUCGCUGGCACGGACAUCUCGGAUGUGGCUGUGCGCUAUAUAAUGCAAUCGUUGCCGCAACUCAAACAUUUGGAUCUCUCCUCCUGCCAGCCCAUUACGGAUGCGGGCGUGGCACAAAUUGGCACUUCGCCAACGGCUAUUGCGCGCCUGGCGGAGCUCAAUUUGAGCGCCUGUCGCCUGGUCUCUGAGAACUCGCUGGAGCAUCUGUCCAAGUGCGAGAGCCUCAUCUGGCUGGAUUUGCGGCAUGUGCCGCAGGUGAGCACCCAAUCGGUGAUACGCUUUGCCAGCAAUUCCAAGCAUGAUCUGUGCGUCAAGGACAUCAAACUAGUGGAACGCCGAAGGCUUUCACUAAGCAAUAACUGGCACGACUGAACACCGACCAGGUGACGAAAGCACCGACAGCGGCACCGGCAGCAGCAGCGGCAAUCGUGGACAUUCACUGGCUGAAGCUGGGGCAAUCUGUGGAUACCCUGUAGGACAGGCUAGGGGCAACUUGUUUUAGGUUCUAUGUCGCACACGCACGAAAACUUAUUUUUAUUUGUAAAUGUUUACACAUGUUCCGACUUACGCUGACGCCUACCAUUCGCAGGUGACGUUAUGGAACUUUAUUUAUUGUCAGCACUCAAGAAACACCCUCCCCAAAUACGCCAGAUUAACUCACAUAUAGAGCAAUAGCCCGUUAAGAAAACAAGAAAAAAAAAUAGAAAACCAAA